AUGUCAUACAUGGAGAAUAAGCUUGUCUAUGUCAUUGCCUUGACUGUGAUGAGCUCACAUUCAGUGUCAGGCCAUGGAUUGACUCUUGACAAUCUUACUAGUCCCAGUCUUGAAAGUAAUAUCAAAGAACUAACUACAAAGAUGGCACCUCUAACACUUCAAGAUGAUGGUCCAGGGCCCAUCACUUAUGCAGAUGAUCUCAUGGCAUGUAUCUUAACAGGGGGAGGGCCCAUCUUGAUGCAGCAGCUGAGUAAACUUUGGUCAGCAUCUAGUCAGCUUGAGGAACCUGAGGACCCAGUUGUAUCACAGGAUGCCAGUGGCAUUACUUUCAGUGAUGUCCAAAGCACUCUUCUAAGUGCUUCCAAUGAAAUACAUGCUUCUAGCACAACCCUCCCAUUGCAUCCACCCCCAACUAUGCUGAAUAACCCUUCCACACACCCAUCAAGGAAUUGGAGAACACAAGCACUAACACACCCAGCGGCAUCUGCUUUAUGUAGACCUACUCCUAUGCUGUAUGUGAAGGCUGAACAGUCAAUUAAUCACAUUGAUACCAAUACCGGACUCCUUCUCCAGAGGAUGUGUGUGCUACUGCUCGCUGAUUUGUCUUCAGAUGUGGCCAGCAGCAGGAAGCAGUUGACAGAAAUUGCACUUGAGCUGAAAAAUCUCAGGGAGUCACUUGCUCAUGUAAGGUAUGGGCAUGAGGAUGCCUUCAAAGAGCGGAAGGUCACGAUCGUCAAAGUGUUUCAUGAAAUUGAGGGAAAACAGACUAUGGCUGAUGCCAUCCUACCUCUAGCUGAGGAGUCUUUGGAGCCUCUGCUUUACACUGCCAAUUAUAUCUUCAACCAAUGUUUAGAUUCUCUCAAUGUGGUGGCACAACUCAUCACAUUGCUAGGUGUCAUCUGCAAUUGUAUUGCAGGAAUGAGUUGCAUCAUGUGUGAUAUGAUUAUCGCUAUGUCAACCUUAAUUGUGUGGCUCACAAUGGCAGCGAACUUGAUGGAGGAUUCCUGA